AUUUUGUAGGAGGAGGCGCCGCCGCCAUCUUGUCUCCGUGGCUCCUCCCGUUCCAAGAUGGCGUUGGCCGAUGUCAUCCGCUUCCCUUCAGCCAUAGAAACCCCUUUAAUUCCUCUGGAAACCCCUCGGGAUCUUUCGGGUCCCCCUUCGGAAUUAACGGUCCGGCCAUGGGGUGGUUCGGAUCUACCGGGACCCGGUUUGCAUCUAUUACACGGUACCACAACGUUGGCCUUUAAGUUCUCUGAAGGCGUGGUGGUGGCGGUGGAUUCCCGUGCCACGGCCGGUUCCUACAUCGCAUCCCAAACAGUUCAGAAGGUGAUCGAGAUCAACCCUACCCUAUUAGGGACAAUGGCCGGCGGUGCGGCCGACUGCAGCUUUUGGGAACGGCUCCUGGCCAGGCAAUGUAGGGUCUACGAGCUCAGGAACAAAGAACCCAUCUCGGUGGCGGCGGCGGUCCAAACUCUUGGCCAAUAUGUCUAUCAGUACAAAGGGAUGGGGCUCAGCAUGGGAACCAUGAUCUGCGGAUGGGAUAAACGAGGACCAGGCCUUUACUACGUGGACAGCGAAGGCACCCGUAUCCCCGGCUCCGCGUUUGCGGUGGGCUCCGGUUCCAGUUACGCUUAUGGGGUUUUAGACGGAGGGAUGAGACCCGACAUGGCGACCCCCGAGGCCUUGGAGCUGGGCAGGAGAGCCAUCUUCCAGGCCGCAAGGAGGGACGCAUACUCGGGGGGCAGGGUCACCGUGUAUCAUGUGGGGCCGAAGGGGUGGACGAGGGUGUCCAGCCAUGAUGUAGCGGGGCUCAGUGAUGAUUAUGAGGGUUAAUAUGGGGUUAUAGGGUGUUAUAUGGGGUUAUAUGGGGGAAAUAUGGGGCCGGG